GGUCGGGAUCUCGGGCGGCCAGCGCGCGGGCUCGGCGACAGGCGCAGGGCGCGCGGCGGUUACUUUGGUUACUGCGUUAGCGCCGCGCGGGGGAUGUUGGAGAGGACGCCGUAGGGAGUCGCCGCCGCCGCCGUCUGGCGACCUGUAUUCACUCGCGGAGACACGAGGUGGCGGACUGGAAGGCUAGGAGGCUGGUGGAUCGGGGAGCCGCCGCCGAGGAGGAAGUCUCCAGGGCACCUGCCGCUGUGGAGAGAGCAUUUUACAGCACGAUGAGCCAACAUCAGAAUUAAAACCAUCAUCCUCAGCAACCCUCAGGGAAACCCAUCUCACGAAAGAAGGAAAAAUAAAUGGAUGGCCCCAAAGAGCAGAGAGUCUAAAGCGGGAGCUGUUGGAGCAGGCGGUUUUGGAAUCCUGCUCAGUCCCACCUUCCCCGUUCAGGUAUUUUACACUCACUCUAGGAUUUUCCAAAUGAGGCUGGUUUGAAUUGUGAUCCUGUGAGGACGGUUCCCUGGAGUUGGGCCGGUUCCCGGUGCUCCUUUUGGGAACACGUUUUGGGGAGAAUCUCGAAUCAUCAAAAUCCUACAAGGACAGACAAGGAUCCCAACAUCGACCGGUGCCACCAGAGGGGCCUUUGAACCAUGUGGGCUUUCCUGGGCCUUGCCACCUUCACGUAUUUUUAUAAGAAAUGCGGGGACUUGGUCACUGUGGCCACCAAGGAGCUGCUGCUGUGCGUGCUGGUGUUCCUCUCGCUGGGCCUGGUGCUGUCCUGCCGCUGCCGCUCCCGCGGCGGGGCCCUCCCGCGGCGCCAGCAGAAGGGGUCCCAGCUCGCCGUCUUCUCGGACACCCUGGCGGCCCUGCCUUUCAUCGGCUUCUUCUGGGCCAAAUCCCCGCCUGGGACAGAAAACAAAGAGGAGCUCGGGUCCAGGAAGUGCAAAAAAGGAACCAAUAUUUCAGAAACCACCUUAAUAGGAGCAGCUGCCUCUCCAUCGAUAUCUUCUCAAAAUGAUCCGGAAGUUAUCAUUGUGGGAUCUGGUAUCCUUGGCUCUGCUUUGGCAGCAGUGCUCUCCAGAGAUGGGAGGAAGGUGACAGUAAUUGAGAGAGAUUUACAAGAGCCUGACAGGAUAGUUGGAGAAUUUCUGCAGCCAGGUGGUUAUCGUGUCCUUAAAGACCUUGGUCUUGAAGAUACAGUGGAAGAUAUUGAUGCCCAGGUUAUACAUGGCUACAUAAUUCAUGAUCGGGAAAGCAAAUCGGAUGUUCAGAUUCCUUACCCUCUGCUAGAAGACAAUCAAGUGCAGAGUGGAAGAGCUUUCCAUCAUGGGAGAUUCAUCAUGAGUCUCCGGAAGGCAGCUAUGGCAGAGCCCAAUACGAAGUUUAUUGAGGGUGUUGUGCUCCAGUUAUUAGAAGAAGAUGAUGCUGUGGUUGGAGUUCAGUACAGGGAUAAAGAAACCGGAGACAUCAAGGAACUCCAUGCUCCAUUGACUGUUGUUGCAGAUGGACUAUUUUCCAAGUUUAGGAAAAACCUGAUCUCCAGUAAAGUUUCCGUUUCAUCUCAUUUUGUUGGCUUUCUUAUGGAGAAUGCACCACAAUUUAAAGCAAAUCAUGCAGAACUUCUUCUAGUUAAUCCAAGCCCAGUUCUCAUCUACCAGAUUUCAUCUAAUGAAACUCGAGUACUUGUUGAUGUCCGAGGAGAACUGCCAAGGAAUUUAAGAGAAUACAUGGUUGAAAAAAUUUACCCACAAUUACCUGAUCACUUGAAAGAACCCUUCUUAGAAGCCACUCAGAAUUCUCGUUUGAGGUCUAUGCCAGCAAGCUUCCUUCCUCCUUCACCAGUAAAUAAACGAGGUGUUCUUCUUUUGGGAGAUGCAUAUAAUAUAAGGCAUCCUCUUACUGGAGGAGGAAUGAGUGUUGCUUUUAAAGAUAUAAAACUGUGGAGGAAAUUGCUAAAGGGUAUCCCUGAUCUUUAUGAUGAUGCAGCUAUUUUCCAGGCCAAAAAAUCAUUCUAUUGGUCAAGAAAAAUGUCUCAUUCGUUUGUUGUGAAUGUCCUUGCUCAGUCUCUUUAUGAAUUAUUUUCUGCAACAGAUGAUUCCCUACAUCAGCUAAGAAAAGCCUGUUUUUUAUAUUUCAAACUCGGUGGAGAGUGUGUUGCUGGUCCUGUUGGGCUGCUUUCUGUGCUCUCUCCUAAUCCUCUAAGUUUAAUUGGACACUUCUUUGCUGUUGCCAUCUAUGCCACAUAUUUUUGCUUUAAAUCAGAACCUUGGAUUACAAAACCCCGAGCCAUUUUCAGUAGUGGUGCUGUACUUUACAAAGCGUGUUCUGUGAUAUUUCCUCUGAUUUACUCAGAAAUGAAGUACUUGGUUCUUUAAACUUAAAAGAGAGGGACCAUUUGUGAAUGAAUAUUUGGAACUCACCAAGUCCUAAGUGACUUUCGGAAGAGGAUUUACGCAGCAUAGUACUAUACCACUUCUUGGAAACUCUUGGACCAAGACUGGAAUUAAUUUGUUUUUGAAUUUAUUUGUAUAUAAACAUGUAAAUAUAUACUUUAAUUUGCAAUUUAAAAUGAAGGGUCAAAUAAGAUAGUUCAAAAGAAAUGAUUGUUACCAUAAAUUAGUGCUAAUACUGAGAACAGUUUUUCUUUUGAAUUCAGUAUUUGGAAUGAGUUAUCGUGGGACAUACAAAUAAAAUGAAGAAUGAACCCUUGGGUCA